CUUUUUUACUAUUUAGGUUUUACUACCAAGAAACAAAAUAAUCAAGACUGAACUCAGGUUUAUGUAAACAUCCGUUAUGGCAUAUUUAAAGCUUUGUAUUGUCGCCAGAGUAUUGUUACUAGUUUAUUACUGUAAUGCUAUUACUACCAUUCCAUAUCCACCCACCAUGAUCAAGCAGCCUAAUCCUGAUCAAUUAUUUCAAGUUUCACAAACCCAGGAUGAGCAAGAUAAACCAUUUAUUUUAGAAUGUGAAGCCCGAGGCAAUCCUGAACCAGAAUAUCGAUGGACGAAAAACAGUGAAAAAUUUGAUUUUUCAGAAGAGAGUGAUAGAAUUAACCAGCAACCCAAAAGAGGCACUCUUUAUGUCAAUAAGCCAAUUGAUACAGAUGAAGGAAUUUAUCAGUGUUUCGCAGAAAAUAUUUAUGGAACAUCCGUUUCUGUAGCAGUGCAUUUAAAAAAAGCAGAACUCAACUCAUUUCCUGAUGAAGAAACAAAAGAAGUUUUUGUUAUUGAAGGGGAACCUCUGACUUUAUCAUGCAAACCUCCAUCAGGUUAUCCUAAACCUACAAUAUUUUGGAUAAUCCAAUCAAAUACAGGAGCACUUCACAGCAUAAAUAGCUCUCGUAUAACUGUAGAUCCAGAAGGAAAUUUACAUUUUUCUAAUGUAACAGAUGCAGAUGCCUUGGAUGACGCUCAAUAUGCUUGCAGUGCUACAUCUAUGUUUCGCAAUGAGUAUAAAUUAGGCAACAAAAUACUAUUACGUGUUGAAACUGCAGGUAGUCCUGGUCAGAAUAAAUACCCACCAACAAAGCAGUAUGUCUCAAACCCAAAUAUUGUUGCUUUAAGGGGAAAUAAGCUGGAACUAAGUUGCAUCUUUGGUGGAACCCCUGUUCCAAGAAUUGUAUGGUCGAAAAAAGGUAGUAGCCUACAAACAAAUCGCAUUACUUACACAAACUAUGGAAAGACACUUAAAAUUAGAAAAGUGGAUUUCCAAGAUGAAGGGACAUAUGAAUGUACAGCAAGUAAUGGAGUUGGCUCAUCAACUUCAGAAUCAAUGGCUGUUACAGUGCAAGCUGCACCAUAUUGGAUAAAUGUGCCAAAUAAUACAAAUGGAGCUGAAGAUGAAACUGUCUCUUUUGAAUGUGUUUCUGGUGGAAUACCUGCUCCUGAAGUUGAAUGGUUUAUGAAUGGAAUUCCUUUAGCAAAUGCCAGACCAAAUCCAAGGAGAAGAUUGGACAAAAGUGCAAAUGUACUUGUAAUUGAAAGUCUUAAAAAAUCUGACACCGCUGUAUUUCAGUGCAAUGCUUCAAAUAUCCAUGGAUACAUCUUCAAAGAUUUCUACCUAAAUGUUUUAGCUUUGCCGCCUACUAUUACUGAAAGGCCAGAUCCAGUUACUAGUUCUGUUGUAUCAUCAAUGGUUACUCUUCGUUGUAGAGUUUUUGGAGCACCCAAUCCUAAAAUUAAGUGGCUAAGAGAAAAUCAAGAAUUAAAAGGAGAUCGUUUCCAAGUUCAAGAAAAUGGAGAUUUGGAAAUUACAGAUGUCCGUCCCCAGGAUGAAGGAGAAUACACAUGUUAUGCUACUAACAAAUUUGGUGAUAUACAAGCAUCAGGAAGGCUUGAAGUUAAAAAGAAAACAAAAAUAAACAUGCCACCUGAAAAUUUUGAAGUUGCUGCUGGUAAAUCAGCAACUUUCCGCUGUGAUGCAGAAGCUGAUUCAAGUCUGCAACUCAUUAUACUGUGGCUUUUCAAUGGACAACCGAUCAAUUUUGAUAUGGAUGCUCGCAUGGUUCAGGCAGCUGAUGAUUCUCUAACUAUAACUAAAACUAUUGAAUCUGAUUCUGGUACUUAUACCUGUGUAGCAAAAACAGAUCUUGAUCAAGAUGAAGCAACUGCAACACUUAUUGUGCAAGAUACGCCAAAUCCUCCAAAAAUACAAGGUGUUCAGUGUGAUGGACUUACAGCUUUAGUUGUAUGGCAACCUACUGGAGAUCGGAGAGCUCCCAUAUUGAGCUACACUAUUCAGUAUAAUACAAGUUUUACACCUGAUAAAUGGGAAGAUGCAUUUGUUAAUAUUCCCGCUCCUGAUACUCGUUUUAAAGUUUCUAUGACUCCAUGGGCCAAUUAUACAUUUAGAGUUAUAGCCAGGAAUAAAAUAGGACCAAGUGAACCCAGUGGACCUUCUGGAGUAUGUGAGACACCUGAAGAUGUGCCAUAUAAGAAUCCAGAUAAUGUAGUUGGGAAAGGAACUGAAAAGGAUAAUCUAGUGAUUUCAUGGACAGCAAUGCCAAUGAUUGAACAAAAUGCCCCAGGAUUUUUCUACAAAGUUUUCUGGAAAAGAGAAGAUAUACCUGGAGCAUUGUGGGAGACUGCAGAAAUACCAGAAUGGGAGCAAAACAGUUUCAUGAUACCAAACCAACCAACUUUUAAACCCUACCGGAUUAAAGUUGAGGCUCACAACAGCAAAGGACAGGCUCAUACUGCAGCUACUGAAGUCAUUGGGUAUUCCGGAGAAGAUGUACCUUUGGAGGCACCAAAGAAUUUUAAUCGUAUGUAUGUGAAAGAUGCUAGGUCUGCUAUGUUUUCUUGGGAUCCUGUUUCUCCUGAAUCAGUAAGAGGGCAUUUCAGGGGUUAUAAAAUUCAAACGUGGACAGUAGAUGAAGGUGAAGAAAGACUUCGAGAGCAAGUUGUGAAGGCAAAUGUUACUCAGUCUUUAGUAACUAUAUUCCGCCCACAUUCUCGCAACUUAGUUCGAGUUCUAGCCUUUAAUGAUAUGUAUAAUGGCCCACCAUCUGAUGUAAUUGAAUUCAUGACGCCAGAAGGAACACCUGGACCUGUUUCAUAUUUUAGUGCAAUUCCUCUUGGCUCUAGUGCCCUUUACCUAAUAUGGAAACGACCUACUGAACCAAAUGGGGUAUUGACUGGAUACAAUAUCUAUUACAGUGAAGUGAGUGGAACACAAGUGGGCAACAGAACAGCAAGAAAACCUCAGAUUACAGAUCCUAGAGAAACCAGGGCAAAAUUAGCUGGACUGAAACCAAAGACUACCUAUCGUAUAGAAAUUUAUGCUACUACUAAAAAUGGAGAAGGUGAAAAAUUAUUCAUUGAAACUCAGACUGGAGACCAAGCUGAGAGACCACCAGAUGAGCCAUAUUUUGUAUGGUCACAUUUGCCAGAUGUAGAUGGAAAAGCUGGAGUUCGUGUUACAUGGGUACCUGCUGGAGAAGGCCAUCCAGGAAGCCAUUUCUAUGUACGAUAUAGGAAGAAAGGAGCAACUUCAUGGGAAAGUACUCAGCCUGAAGAAAAUCAAGAUUCAAUUAUUGUAACUGGUUUAGAAUUAGGUUCUCUCUAUGAAAUGAAAGUUGUUGCAGUGGAUGGGCGGUUUCAAACAUCCAGCAAAGUUGAAGAAUUUGAAACUGGUGGAAUGGCUGCAGUUCAAGCUCCUGAAUCAAGUGAAAACUUUGCGACAGCUGCAUGGUUCAUUGGUAUGAUGUGUGCUAUUGCUUUGCUGUUGCUUUUGUUAAUCAUUAUUUGUCUCAUCAAAAGAAACAGAGGAGGAAAAUACUCAGUACAUGAAAAAGAAGCUGCUCAAGGUCGAGAUUUAGAGUAUCCCGAGGAUGGGGGUUUUAAUGAAUACACAAAGCCAGCUGAAGCACAACCACCCAUCCGUGGUAGCAGAACUUCCCUCAACAGUAGUGUAAAGGGUCCAGAAAGUGAAACUGAUAGCAUGGUUGAAUACGGUGAAGGUGAAGCCAGUAAGUUCACUGAAGAUGGAUCGUUUAUUGGCCAGUAUGGUGCAAAAAAGAAGAAAGAAGAUUCUACUUCUCCCUCAGCUCUUGCCACAUUUGUGUAGGCAGUCCAGUAGCUCUUACAAGAUACCAAGCUUUUUUCACUAUGCUUGGUUUAAAAAGGAAAAGAAAAAAGACUGAAUCUUGUAUAACGAGUGAUGAGUUUUUUGCUGUUUUUGUGUAACAGGAUAUAGUUGGAUUAUUAUCUGCAUUCUUGAAUGACUAAGUUGAGAUAGGCAAAAUUUCAUCAUUUGAUAUGAAAUGUUUUGCUCCUGUUGUAUAAAAAAUUCAGGGAAAGUAUGUUUAGCUUCUUAAAGAUCAUACAGCUGAUGGUUUUCUUAUAAGGAACUAUAAGAUUUUGGAGAAGAUUGUCCAAACAAAAACAAACCAAUUUAAAAGCUGAUAACCCAACGAAGAACUGUUACAAAAGCAGCUGCUUUUUUCGUUUUUAGCAAUAUUCAGCAAUUAUUAAGAAAUAUUGUUUUAGGUAAAAGAGAAAAUAUGUCAUAUGAUCAUUAAAUUAAAGGAAAGGAGAAAUGAAAAUUGUUUUAUUUUAGUAUUAAAUCAUUUUUCAUUGUUCUUCCAUAAAAAUUUAAAUAAUUUGGUAAUUUAAAUUCACAGUUCAUAUCUGUUUUAUUUCUGCUAUUAUUAACGUCAUCCACCAGGUGAAUUUUCAGAUUUUCCUGCUAUAUAAUGACUUAUUCACUUAAAGUGUUAUGAUUGCUGAUUUUGUUUUUAAUGAUUACUGAAACUUUAUAACAUUUCAUAAAAGCAGCUUAUUUGCUACGAUCAUUUAAAUGUUCGACAAUGUGUUCAGAAUGACGUAUGCAAAAAAAAAAAAAAAAACUUAUAGCACAAGAUUAAACUUCAGUUUCAUGCAUUUUUAUCAUUUUUAGCUUCAUAAAAUCAAAAUCAUUGUGUAUGUUCAUAAUGCAAAGUGUGAUAUAUUCAUUGUUCAUUUGUUUUUUUCUAAAAAUACUUUUCACUUAAACUAUUGGUAAGUAUCAAAAGCAUUUUCAAAUUCAAUAUUUUUUAAUUAAAUUUUGAAAUUUUAUUAUAUGCAAAAUUUAAAUCUUAAAAAGUAACAUUUAUACUGUUAUUUUAUUAAAAGUAAUUGAAAUCAGAAUGUCAUAAAAUUAUUAUUUUUGGUGUAUUCAUAUUAAUUGGUGUAAAUUAAAUACAAUCCUUGAAUUUUUAUACUGUUUCUAUUGAUAUACAAAUUUUUUGUCUCUGUGUAUAUUAUUUCAUAUAAAACAUCUAUUAUUUUUAUUUCCUAAUAUAUAUAUGGACAAUUCUCAUUUUAUAUAUACAUUUCUGCAUUUUGAAAAUAUUCUCAUAUAUAUUUAUUGGAGAUAAAAUCUCACAUAUUUUAUGCAUCUAAAACAUGCACUUGUAAAAGCCUCAUCAUCUGCUUUCCUUUUUGAUUCACUACUAAUCAGAAAAUUCAAAAAUAAUGUUGUGUGCUGUUGUAUAAAAAUAUAAAUAAUUUGAUAAGUAGAGGUUUACCUCUGAAAUUAUUCUAUUGUAAAUUGUAUAAUAAUUGGCAAAUUUAUUGAAGUUCCUAUUAAUUGAUAAUUAUAUAAAAAUAAUUCAUUAAUUAUAAUAUUUAUGAGUCCAUUUAUUCUUCAAAAAAUUUGUUCAUCUCCCUCAGGUAUAUGAAGCACUCUGAACCUUUCUGCAAGAAUCUGCUGAUCUUUAAAGAUGCAGUACUUGUGAAAUUAAUGUGAAAUUUUUCGCAUUAAUAACCAGUUAUAAUAACUUUUUACUAAGCUUAACUUUAAAUGCUGAAAUUAAAAUUUGAUUUUAGUUUCGUUUAUAUAUAUAUAUGUGUGUAUAUAUAUAUAAUCAGAAUAUAUAUAUAUGAUAUUUACACACACAUGUGUAAAGAGGGAGUGACAUAAAGUGUCAUGCUGAAAGCUACAAUUUUAUAUAAAUAUCUUCUUAUCUUUCUCUUUUUGUUGAUGUUUCCUAGUUACAAUUAAAGUCUCAAUUUCAUCAUCUUUAAUGUGUGAAAAGUCUGUGUGAGAUUUAAGGAAAAAAAAGGAGAUUCUGAACAUAUAAAAAAUUAAAGAACUUUUAAAUAUAUCAUGAAGACUCUUGAAAUCGUUUGAUUGCUUGUAAUUUCUGUGUAAGCUGUUUUUCCUAAAUUUUAAAUUAUUUUGCUUUUAAAAUGUGCCAUCUUAGUUUAAUCUCAAACAGCAACUUUUAUUUUAGUGAAACUGUUUUUGUUGUACAGUCGUCUUUUUUAUUCAAAUUGUUUGUGUUUCAUGAAACAAUGAUACAAACAGUGAAAAAGAAAGUAUCCUGUGUUUCCAUUAUGUAUAAGGUUGUUUAAUUACAAUUACAUAAUUGUUGUGAUAUGUUAUAUGAUGUAUGUUUAGCCAGUAAUUGUAAUUUAAUUUAAAUUUAAGCAAGCUUUUGUAAUAUUGGUAAUUUUUUUUUAUUAUUAUUAUUAUUUCACUUUCUGUCCUCCCCCACCACAGCAUUUCAGUUUGAGGUAUGUUGUGAACUUCUAAACACCCUUUCUGAUUUAAAUUCAUAUAUUCAUUCUGAAAUAGUCAUGUUGAUUUGUAAUAUAUUAGAAUGUUAUAUGUCUGAAUAAAGUAUAAGUUCUUCCAAACUAUCAAAGAAAAUUAAUAUGUUAAUGAAUACAGUUAAAUGUAAAAAUAUUUCUGUUUAUGUAGUUUUUAAUGGAGUACAUAAUUAAGAAGGCGACUGUGCUCAAUUCAGUUUUUUCUCCACUUGUAUUAUAACUUUUUUUUUAAAGUGUAAAAUUCGUAGUUUUCAUUGUGGAGUGAAAUCUGUAUGAACUCAUAUGUGUGUUUAAUAAACUGUUAAAUGGAGUUAUUAAACAUGCUCUGUCUUGUCUAAUGCUUGCAUCCUUGUUGUACUUAUAAUGCUUGCAAGUAGAAUGUAGAGCUUUUGGAAUUUUCAGGAAAUAUGUUUAAGCUUUAUAUUAUAUUUAAAUGGAAAUAAUUAAAGAUUGCAACUACAAUUUAUCAUUCUACAUCCGUGUGAACAGAUAUUUAAGCCUUUUUGUAAUGAAAUGUAAAAAAGCCUAUAUGUGAUCAUGUAGAAGUUUAGGAACUAAUCACAGUUUGUUGGUUCUAAGCCUUAUGUAACCAAACUAGUUGCUGUGACUGUUAAGUGAAUGAAAAAUAUGCUGACAAAAAUAUGUUAUUUUCCUUGUUUAUUACUAAUUUUGCAGACAUAUAUAUUUAAAGCUGCAGUAGUUACUUCUGAGAUACUAUUAACCACAAAAUAUACUUUGUAAAUUAUAACUAUCUUUUCAUAAAGCAUGAAACUUAAUUCCAUUGAUUUAUUUUAAAUGUCUUUUAAACAUGUGCCUAAAACAAAAAUUAAAGAAGUAUUUCAUAUUAAAAUAAAUGCUAAUAUUGUUAAAAAUAAGCUAAGUUCCUUAAAGAUAAGACUAUUUCCAUUUUGAAUUAUAACUAUGCAUGUAUUUGAUAUGCAUUCAUCAUGAAAUGACAAAAUUUAUUGUAAAAACAAAUUACUGACAUUCUUGUUAUAAAUUGGUGGAUAAUAUCUAUCUCAGCAAAUUUAUUUUAAUCUCUUAAAUAGUUUAGCAUAAAUAACAUUCCAGUUUCUUUAUGUACAAUUGAUGUUUAUUUUGGAAGGGGACCAAAGAUUUAUUUUUCAUUUAAAUUUAAGUCUUUCUUAUAUUUAGCAGCUAUUUAGUGUUUCCCUAAAAAUUAUUUUGGUCAGGCUGUGCUGAAUCUAAAUAAUGCAUAUAAAAAACUGGUCAAUUUUUUAAAACAGAGAUAAAAUGCAUUUUUUUUUUCAAUUAUGAACUUCAGAAGUUUGGAAUUUUAUGAAAUUUGUUGAUUAUUGAUGUUUAUUCAUUUGUAUAUAUUUUGCACUGUGGUAUGUGUGGUACCUUGCAUUAAUUGAACUUAUUCCAUAAUUUAUUUUUGUAGUGAAGUAUUUGAUAUGCAGUUAGCAUGCAAAUUAUUUUGGAAAGUAAAAGUUAAUGAUGAGGAUGUUGUUCAUAAAAUAUUACUUAUUUUUUCCUCUUCUGUAUAUAAGAGUGUAAAUGAUAUUCUCAAUUUUCCCAUGCACAAUGUCUUUAAAUGAGUACACAGAGAUUGUUUUUUUAGAAAUUUGCUAAAGUGCUGUGGAUUUACAUUAGUAGCUGUGUAAGUAGAAAUCUUAAUUUGAUUUGAAUAUUCAUGAGUCAAGCAAUAGUCUUGCUUAUAAUUAAUUAGGAUUAAAUUGUUGGUAAAAUUAAAAUAUAGAUAUAUCAGUAAGAAGAUGAAGCAUUAACAUGUAUAUUCAGGUGUGUGGAAAAUUUCUAAAAACAACUGCAUUUUAUCAUGACUGAGGAGAAUGCUAAGAUAGCGUAGAAAACAUCAUUUGAUAGCUGUAUUUUCUAAAAGAAAAUAAUUGCAUGGCUUAUGAACAAAAUAAACUCAUAAAACUGCAAAUAGAAAUGCACACACCAUUUAAUAAACAAAUUAAAAAUGGAUCAUAUCUAAAUAAACUUAAUAGCAAUACUACAUAUGUCUAUCAGUUACUAUAUAUGUUGUCACUAUAUGUGUCUGUCUGUGUUACAUAAAUUUAUGUUUAAGAUAUUAAAAUAAGUAUAAGUCAUAAUGAAAAAAAUUCUUAAAAAAUAUGUGCUAUACCAUCCGUGCAUAUUUUAUGUUAUGAAUUUUUUAUUCAGAAUUAUGUGAUAGUACCAUAAUCUGAAAUCUUCUAAUCAUUCUUCUAAAUGCAAUCUCUGUGCAUGGUGAUUUUAUUAUAAUUUUAUUUUUAUUUAUUAAAUUCCCACAAAUUAUUUUUGUGCUAAAAUUAUACAGCAUUGCUGGCAGCUAUUAUUAUAAAACAAAAAAAAAAAAAAAGCCUUUCAUUGUGUAGCUCUUAGGGUAGGUUUAUUUAUAUGUGUGUAUGUUAGUAUGCAGCUUGUUUUUUGUUUUUAUUAUAAACUUUUGCUUAAAAUUGUUCAUUCUGAAUCAUUACCAGUAAUUCAGUAUUGCAUCAUUAUUUCAACAAGUUUACAUUUUUUGGAGAAUUUAAUGAUGUAAUUGAAGAGAUGUGUUGUAUAUUGAAAAUAUCAUUUUCCAUCUCCGUAGACUCUGGUUCAUCAGCGUACACUUCAUGUCAUGUGAUACUUGAUUCAUUUUUAGUUCAAUUUUGUCAUAUUAACAAAGAAACCUUAAAUAGAGGAAAAAAGAUUUUGAAAAGUGCAAUUUUUUAAUAUUUGUGAUAAUGUUAUGCAGUGCGUUUCAUAAAUUCUGCACAGCUUAAUACCUUUUGUACAAAUUUUUGUAGACUCAUGUUUGCUGUGUAAGGAAUCAAAAAAGGUUGUUUUUUGAAAUAUUACUCUUUUAGUUCCUUAAUGCCUUUUAAUAAAAAAUUUACACAGUAUUAAAGAAAUUUUUUAAUUUUUUAUGUGUGAUCUGCUAGAAAAGUUCUAAUAUGUAAAUUCUUCAUUACCUUCUAAAGAUCUUUCAACAGUUUGGUUCUGGAAUGUGCAAGGUUGGCCUGAAGAAAUUUUCAGUAUUAUAGAAUUUAUGAACAUCAGUUUCAGGGAUUAUAUAAAAAUUGAAUUCUAUUUGGUUGUUAUACCAUAAACAUUUUAAUAAAGAAUACUUUGAGCAUUUGACCCUAUUAUGAUGGUUUCCUAUCCACCUAAUUUAAAAGUUCACUUUUUAUAGAUAUGCAUAAAAAUUUUGCAUAUUUUUGCUGCAAAUUGUUCCAUAACCAGAAUUAGAGCAUAGGCUGAAAAUCAUAGCUCGUUUGAUUCCUUUCUGAAAUUGCAAUCAUUGUCAGAAUAUACUUAGAUGUGCAGUCUUUUUGAAAUGCCUUGUAUAGAUGUUGCCGUAAAUCUUUUUGAUAUCUAUACUCAUGUCAAGAAGUGUACUGUGAUUAUACAUGUCUAUGAAAAUGCAAGAUGAAUUUUCCCAUCACUAGGAACUGUGCAAACAUUGUAUAUAGUUUUUGUUUCAUGUUGCAUAAAGUUGAAGCCUAUAAUAUUUGUGACUGCCGUAGUUGUGUGUGGUUUGUUUGUUUCAGAAAAUGUGUAUAAAAUUUAAUAGAUUCAUAUUGCAGUCUGAAAACGUCCAUCGCUUUUCAUUCUUAUUUUUAAUAUAGUUGCUUAAUUUCUUUUAUUAUCUGUGACAACAAUUAGUCGUAUGCACUGUUAGACGGGAAAUGAUUAAAAGAAAAAGUUUGUAAGAUCUGUUCACCAGCAGCCAUAUGUUCACUAUAAAAAAAAAAUACAUGCUCUAAACUCAGCUCAAGUUUAGAGCAUGUAUUUUUUUUUUUUUUUUUUUUUUUUUUUUCAUUCCGUCUGUGUUCAGCACAUGAUCUAUGUAGUAAUAACUUUAUUUGGAUAACUUUCAAAUAAAAAACAACUGUCCCUUUA